AUGCUGGCGGUCCUGCUGCUCCUGCCUGGAGGGACGUGGCCCUGGGUGUGGGCGCUGACGCUGGGCGCGGGCAUCGCCUGGCUGGGCUACUACUGGAUGCACAUAGCUAAGAGGCCGCUGCUGGUGGCGGCGCCGCCGCUGCGGGCCUUCCUGGAGCAGCACUGCCCCAUCGUGUGCGAGACCUUCUACCCCACACCCUGGUGCUUCGAGGGCCGGCUCCAGACCCUGCUCCGCUACUUCGGCCAGACCCGGCCCCGAGUCUCCUACCGCAGUGAGCUGCUUCGCACAGCAGACGGCGGGCAGCUGGUGCUUGACUGGGCUGACAAUGCGGGGAGCCAGCAGUACCCAGACCCUGGCACACGCCCCACGCUCCUGCUUCUGCCUGGCACCAUGGACAACAGCGAGGCCUCCUACAUCCUGCACAUGGUGCAUGCGGCCCUGCAGGCUGGCUACAGGUGUGCAGUGCUCAACUACCGUGGCUGCAAGGGGGAUGAGCUACUGACCCCGAAAGCCUUCUCUCCUACCAGUACCGAGGACCUGGAGACCACCAUCGCCCACCUCUGGGUGCAGCUGCCCCAGGCCCCACUCCUGGCUGUGGGUGUCUCUCUGGGCGGGAUGCUGGUGCUGCACUACCUGGCACGGACAGGCUACGCUGCAGGGCUGGAGGCUGCUGUGGUCUUCUCCGCCCCCUGGGAUUAUGAGGAGACCCUGCGCUCACUCGAGCAGCCCAUCAACGCAGUAGUCAUACACGGGCCCUUCAUGGUCUUUCUGCGCCAGCUGGUCCACAGGCACAGGCAGGCGAUUGCAGCAAUGCUGGAUGUGGACCAUAUCCUCAAGGCUCGCACUCUGCGGGAGUUCGAUGAACGCUACACAGCACCGGUGUUUGGCUACGAGUCAUGCAAAGAGUAUGUGCAGGCGGCCAGCCCCGCGCACAGUCUGCCAGCCAUCCGUGUGCCCCUGCUCUGCCUCACUGCGGCCGAUGACCUAUUCUCCCCAUUGCAUGCCAUCCCCAUGGAGAUGCUGAGGCACCUGCCCCACACAGCCCUGCUAGUGACAGCACGCGGGGGGCAUAUCGGCUUCCAGGAAGGGCUGUUGCCGUGGCGACACAACUACCCAGCCCGCCUGUGCAUCCAGUUCACCACCGCUGUGCUGGAGCAGGGCACAGAGCUGCAUGGCCUCGUGGGAAACCCAGGCACGGGGACUGGGGCCAGGGCAGAGCAGCUGGAGGCCACAGAAUAAAGAUCUCAUGCCAGACAUGGGCUGCCACAACCUUUGGGACUAGUUGCGGGUGCAUCCCUUUUACAACAGUUUUCAGUUUUACUGCUUUAAUUAUACUUGAAAUUGUAUUUAAAGUGUUUCCUGUUUUAGUAUUUACCCAUUGGCACUGCAAAGAUAUUAUACUGAGAAGGUAAGAGAAGCAAAUUCAGACUAAUGAAAAUAAUUUCAGUUCCUGAAUUUCUGUACCACAAUUCAUAAUUUCUGCAUGAGAAAACUAGCUAUAUCAUGUGCCUUAAGCAGAGAUUAGUCUGAUUACUCUGGUGAGAUCUCAUGUUUGGUCCAGUAAAUGUACCUCUUGCUUGUUUCCUGGACUGCCACAACUACAACUAACUGGAAG